CUUCUUAUACCCAUACAUUUUUCCUCCCCCCCUCUGUCUCUCUCUCUAUACAUACACCUAUACAUACAUACAUGUGCUUCUCUCUAUCUGCAGAACAGUUUUGAUCCGACUAGUAUAUAAUCUUCACAAUUCGUCGACGAUAUCCGCGGAUUUGAUCCCCUAUAUCUAGCGGAAGCAUUUACUGAUCAACCAUAUUAAGAUAAACUCACAAAUUUUUGUUUUGAAUAAAUUUAUAUAUAUAAACAGAAGGAUAGGUAUUAGAGGAGAAAGGGGUUUUCCGCGUAGAGGGUUGAGGCUUUGUUGAUUUAGGAAUAGAUAAUUGUAUCGGUAGAUUAGGGUUUUUGGGUUGACAAUAUGUUGGGGGCAGGGUUGCAGUUCAAUAGGAGUAGAAAUGGCGAGGAUCGGUUUUACAGCGCGGCGAGGGCUCGCCUGAGUCAAGAUUAUUUGCGGAGGGCUCAGAGUGACGUCACCUCGAGCCGUUCGAGGGGCCGGUCUGAUGAGCCGCCGCUUGAAAAGUCGAAGGCGGAGGUUCCGGCUUCACCGCCGGUGUCAGAAUCAUCGCCUUUGUGUAAUCUGGAGAGGUUCUUGGAAUCAGUCACGCCUACGGUACCAGCGCAGUAUUUAUCCAAGAUGACAGUGAGGAGUUGGAGAACUUGUGAUGUAGAGUUUCAGCCCUUCUUCGUGCUAAGUGAUUUAUGGGAAUCAUUCAAGGAAUGGAGUGCUUAUGGUGUUGGAGUUCCUAUAAUAUUGAACGACCGUGAUGGCGUGGUUCAGUAUUAUGUACCUUAUUUGUCUGGGCUACAACUGUACGCUGACCCAUCAAAGAGUACCGCAAAAUUAAGGCGACUUGGUGAAGAAAGUGAUGGUGAAUCUUUUAGGGAUUCUAGUAGUGAAGGAAGCAGUGAUAGUGAACAAGAUAGGGGUGGCUUGAAUUAUUCUAGGGAGCAACUGAACUAUCUCCAAACAAGUGAUAUUUCGCUUAGAGUAGAUAAGUUGUCAUUGAGAGAGCAGCAUUUGGCAUUUCAAGAAGGGUUUUCUAGUGAUGAAUGUGAAUCUGGAAAUCCACAUGGUUGCUUGUUGUUUGAGUAUCUUGAACGUGACCAACCGUAUUGUAGGGAACCUCUGGCAAACAAGAUAGCUGAUCUCGCGGUCCAUUUCCCCGAACUGAAAACACUUAGGAGUUGCGAUCUACUUCCAUCUAGUUGGAUUUCUGUUGCAUGGUACCCCAUUUACAGAAUACCGACGGGACCAACUCUAAGAGAUCUUGAUGCUUGCUUUCUGACCUUCCAUUCUCUUCAUACACCAAUGACAGGAAGCGAAGUCAUGCAUCCUCCAGUUGUGACGUACCCAGCUGAGAGCGAUGGCGUUCCACAGAUUUCACUUCCAGUAUUUGGCCUUGCUUCAUAUAAAUAUAAAGGGUCACUAUGGACUCCAAAUACAGGACAUCAGCGCCAGUUGGCAAGCUCUCUCUUGCAAGCUGCCGAUAAUUGGCUAACUUUACUACAGGUCAAUCACCCUGAUUUCAGUUUCUUCUGCCGUAGGUAGAUAUUUAGAUUGCUUCCCUCUUAUCAUGGCAUUUGUUCCAAGGAGGAAAGGAAUCCAUCAUUAGUUUGAUGUUACCACACACCAGAUUCUGUGAGAGAGUUGAGCGAGCAAGUGCUGUUGUCUUCGAAAAUGGUGCUGUUGUGAAAAAUCAUGAGUUAAAAGGCAAAACUGAUAAUGCACCAAAAAAAAAAGAAAAAAAAAAAAGAAAAGAAAAGAAAACCAAAAAAAAGGGAAAAAGGAAAAAAAGAAAAAGAAUCUCUAUGAAGGGAAGAAGUCGAGAGUUCCACCGAAUGGGUUGGAGGGUGGACUAAGGUCAAGAUUUGCUGGAGCCACAGGCUUAGGAGGUUGCAGUGGAUAUAUAUAUAUAUCUGAUGAAAUGAGGCAUGCAGCAUUUUAGUGUUUAAAAAACUGUACUAAUAUUUUCUUUUCACAUUUUUCCUUUGUUUUCUCUUAAUAUUGCAAAUAGAACAGGCUAUUUUUUCUGUCCUGAUGUUCAGUUGUAGGUGGUAAUGAUUUAUCUCUGCAGAUUAAGGGGAUUUUGAUAGAAAAUGAGGAUGAUGGGUGAGCGAAUAUUGCCCCAUGUUUAUGUAUACUAAUUUUCCCAUGCUUGACUGUGACCGUUUUAAGAAAUGUAGACUAAUGAACUGGAGGUUAGGUAUAGUUUGCCUACUGUCUUGUUAUGUUAUUUUCGUGCUGCUUUUUAUUAUAUUCUUUCUGUGUUUUUGUGACAGUAGUCCGUCCUAAUGCUAAUGGGAUUAUAA